AUGAUGCAAGAACAAAAGGAUUUGCUGGCUCUAGAAAUAUUCAAAAACACAGAGAUGUUUAUCGUGAACUCCAUCGGCCUGGUGGGGAAAAUUUUUAAGGUCUGGUGUCAUAGCAACAACCUUACAAAGUAUACAACAACAGAUGGCUUGUCGGACCCGGAUGAGCCAGCUUUUGAGGCCGAAAAGCAGGUCUCAAAAGUGUUCCCGGACUGUCUCAAACCAGAAGCCAAGCGGGUGAAGCUAGGGCGGAAUGGUUGGAUUUUGGAUUUCCCUCUAGCUGGUCCACUUUAUACCAGGCUGGCAGUGAUGGCGCGACAGCGCCACCGCCUAGGCGACAAGUUUCCAUGGAAAAACCAGAUCUCUGUUGCUGAUUGGCGCUGUGUCUGUAGCCACCACCAGGCUGGCGCCAGUCUCCAAGCGGUCUCCAAGGGCUCCAUACUGUGA